CGCAGCGAUCACUUUUGCAGUUCUAUAUGUGAUAUGCGUUGCAGAUUAACGUAAAUUGGAUUAUACUCAGCUCGAGCGAUCUCAUACUUCUUGAUACUACCAUUUUCCGGAAGUUUCCGUCGUAGUGAUAUUUUUAAAAGCUGCGGGAACUUUUUCAGCAACCGGUUCACCAUGUUGCGAAGCGGGUUUGGAUGGCUGUUCGUAGCUGGGGUCUUGGUAUCGACAGGGCUGGCGCUCAACUGUUACCAGUGUAAGUAUGGUUUCCUGAGGUCCAACGACAUACUGGGCAGUUGCAAUCCUAGCUUAGCUGAAAACGUCGCAUGUCCACCUGGUACCGAGUACUGCUUGAAAACCGACGGUCCAUAUAACUACAGCUACUCCAAUUUUCUUGGCGGAGGCGGUGGAAAUUCCUCAGGCGGCACGUUUUUGGAUUGUGGAACUCGCGAUUUGAUCCAGUUCCUGUUCGGCCGCAUACCUCCAGCUAGUGACUCCUACUGCGAUGACAAUAUCAAAAUGGGGAAACGAUUUCCUUUUAAAGCCCAGAACCAAUUUUUUGGCAUGAACGGGACCGUGUGCCUUUGCAAAGGCGUAACGUGCAACUCUGGGAAUAUGUUCUCCGCUACCGCUGUGACGCUGAUGAUCCCGGCUGUACUCAGUGUGAUGUUUGUCAUGAAAUUAAUAACAUUCCAAUAUUGAUAGAAUGUUUAUCUGGUUCAGUGUCUGUGUUGGUGUUCAGUCCUAGUCACACCACCUGCGCUAAAUAUAUUGAAUUACCAUCCCAAAGAAGGGACACAGGCAUUAUAUACGUGCACCGGUACAUGACCAUAAAUGCUUUUUACUUUAACAACUAAAACGGUGAAAACUAGUUGACUGGAGCGCAUUAUGAUUUGUACAAUGUAUUGUAAACUUCCUGCCGUCUACAAUACGUUUGAAAGCGUAAUGCUGUAAUUCUUUUUUCCUUUACAGUGAUUACACCAAACUACUUACACUAAGAGAUACAUUCCUUAUGAUUUUCCCGAGUGUAAAUUCUCGGCUUCUAUGGAAAGUUUAUUUUGGAUGCUUAAGGU